UGUUGUGAUAAACUUAUUAAAUAGGGGCAAUGUAAUGCUUAACGGAAUGAGAAAGGAUCUUUAAUAACUAAUCGACUCGGAAAGCUUAUUAAAUAUUUUUGAAAUCGAUUACUCGAAUAAUGGCAGAUGUUAGUAGCUCAAUUGGAAAUCAGCAGCAGCAGCAGGCGGUGAUGGACAGUGCCAAAGUGCUGUCUGAAAGAGAGCAGAAGAUCAAAGACGAGACGAAGAGUAAGUUUCUGACUGCAUUCCAUGACCCAGUGGCCCAACUGCACACAUUCUCCUCCUGCAUCACCCUAGCGGACCUCACCAGAGAUGGAGACCACAAGCUGGUGCUGGCUGACUUUGGCAAGAUGGACGCUGCCCAACUGUCUUCUCUGGCCAAUCCGACCAGUGUGAAACUGAAGGUCUACCAGGGCACCACUCUCAAGAUGGAGAACCAGAUACUGGAUUUCCCCACUGGAAUAUGCGCACUCUAUAUUGAUAAUAACAUACCAAAGACGCCCGCGAUAGUGGUGGCGUCUGGCCAGAGUGUGUAUGUGUACAAGAACAUGAGGCCCUUCUACAAGUACACUCUAGAGGGACUGCCUGUGUCAGAAGUGGAGCAGCAGUACUGGAAUCUCACCAGAGAUGAGAUGGCUGAAAAGGGACAGAUUACGCCUUCCAUGUUGCGAGACAGACUAGAAGCACUGCGACUGGAUCCCCAGAACUCAGACAUCCCUCUGUCCACCAAAUCACAGAAACUGAUCAUGAUGACUAAUCCGGAAGUGAUGAACAACUUCGUCAACCUGCACAAGGUUUCUCCUCUCACCAGACAAAAUGUGGUCACGUGUGUGACUUCGAUGAAGAAGAACCAGACGGAGGAUGAUGCGAUCAGUUGCAUUGUUUUGGGCACUGAGAGCCAGCAACUCAUCAUACUAGACACAGAGGCGUUUAAAGUACUCACCAAGUUUUCUGUGCCUGCUGUGCCCGUGAGCUUAGACGCAGCUGGCGAACACGACAUAAACUACAGAAUCACUAUCUUAUGCAGGGACGCCAAGGUUUACGCCGCCAAAAAGGAAAGAAAGCGUGGGCCAUCACUACUCCUGGGGCUAUUCUGUCCACGGAACUGAUGGAACAGAAGUCCAGGAACUUCCAAGCUAUGCUGGUGGCAUUAGAUAAUAGGGAGAUCCGGAUAUACAAGGAAAAAUUUCUGGUCGGAAUCCUGGACACAGGAGAUUAUAACGUGGUUGCGAUGCGCUUUGGCCAGUUCGGGCGGGAGGACGGCUCGCUGAUCACAGUCAACUCCAACGGGGCUCUGAAGGUGCAACUGCUCCGCCGAGUGGCCAAGUUCAAUGAGAAGGAGGUGCUUGCAGGAGCCCCUCCAGAACAGAGUGUCCGACUCAACAUCCCCAAGAAGACUAAGUUGUAUGUGGACCAGACUGUGAGGGAACGCGAACAUGCGACUGAGAUCUACCGUACGUUCCAGCGUGAUCUAGUGAAGUUGAAGUUGACAGUGGCGCAGAACUAUCGAAAGGCACUGGACAAGUCCCUCACCCCAAUGACACAGAGCGAGGAGGCCCCUCUGAAACUAUCUGCUCAGGUGCAGGGCAUUGGUCCUUUGUUCAAAUUGAUUCUGGGAAUACAAAACACCUCUGCGAACAAGACACUGGAAGGACUGUUUGUACUCUUCAGAUAUGACCACUCGCUAUACGAUGUCAAACAGAAACUCAUACGGCCUGGGAUGUUGGUUCCUGGCCUGGACUACAAGUUUGAGUCCUUCGUGCAAUGUCUCACCCAGCAACCAGUCUCAGGUGACAUCGAGAUACUCGUUGGCAUGAAGGGCAAUCCUAACCCACUGGUUGUAAAUGUUAUUCAGAUGCCGAUCAGCGAAGGAAAUCUGUUUUAAACUUAGCUUAAAUUUUUCAUAGCAAUAUAUGCCAAAAUUCGUGUAUCUGAUCAUCUCUUGUAAUUUAAACUGUAAAUGUGUGAAUAAGUUAUAAAAAAAU